CGAUCUUAUGUUUAUCGAUAACAGAUUAUCGAUUGUGCAGAUAGUAAAGCCUAGUCAUUGAUUGGUUCCGUCAUCGAUGGUCAUUAAUUUUCAUGAAUUCGAUAUACAUCUUUAACUCGAUGCGCCGACGAACACCAACGAUAUAGCAUAUCCAAUUGAAUGCGCAAGAGUUUUUGUCUAGAAACUAGAGAUAUAAUUAGAUACUCUAUUCCCUUCACCGAGCAGUCAUGUCUCGUCAAACAGUUAGCGCCCGAAACCACAUUCUACGGGCGCUCUCCCAGUGGCCCAAGGAUACCCUACGGCCUCAGAUCCAAUUCCACGAUGUUCUACGGAAAAGAUUCGAACAAUCCUCCAAUUCACCUGAACAAGAACAGCUACAACAAGCCAAUGCGUUGUAUUCACUCUUAGACAACCGAUAUAAGAGAAAGUACCCGAUAACAGGGACCCUUUUACAUCCCAAGAGCAAUCCGACAUAUUUCUCCAAUCUUGUACAAGAACUCGAAGAAGCUCCGAAUCGAUCCUCUAUGGAAAGACUUUGGUUGAGGUUAAAGGGGGUUAUACGAUUACAAUAGAAACAUAAUAAGGGAUUUAUACCAGUAUAUAUUAAUGGCGUGUAAGAUAUGGAAGAACCAGAAGACCAAUUGUAUACCUGGAGUUACGGGCAUCUCACGAUCUGCAUUGGGGAAUGGAAUAGUGU